UUCGCGCGAAAGAAAAAGUACGAAGUCUGGUAAGGGGAGGGAGAGACGUCGAAGAGGCAACUUGAGGGUCGCGCCAGUUGUGGCCUGUGAGAGAACAAGGUCUAAAAGGUACCCUAUUCCAUGAACUCCACUCUCCUUGCCUUGCGGAACAGCCCUGCUGAGCUGUUAUCCUGACAGCAGCUUCAAUAGCAUCUUUUCCCAGACAUCCACAAUGCAGAGCACAAUCAGAUCAUUCUUCCAACCUCUAGCCCAAAUAAAGCCUGGAAAAGAGACGGCAGAGAAUAAGCAACCAGAAGAUAAGCUGACCCCUAAAAAGGAACCAAAAAAUUCUGACCAGUUGGUGAAUGGUACGACCCUCCAUGAAGAUUCCUCAGAGAAAUGUGUAGCUGAACAAGCCACUCAGAACCUUAAUGGUGGAGGUGAAAAAGAUUCUGGGAAACCAGGAGGAAGAGAUACAAAGGCAGAUGAUGCAAACCAGGAAUCGGACUGUGCUCCUGAGCAAAAGACACCUGCAGAGAACAUCUCCCCAAGCACCAGCCCAGUUGCCUCUAAUUCACCUUCACCUUCCAGCAUUCCCCGGCGCAGAACUGCCCGCAAGCAGCUCCCUAAACGUAAAGUGGAGGAAGAUGAUGGCAGUCAAGACAUCACUCAGAAGGAGAUGUGUGCCAAAAAACAGAAAACAGACAGUGCUGGGGAAGGCUCAAAAGAGGAACCAUAUGAAAAGCCAAUGGAAGCAGAAGACAUGAAAGAGGAGGAUGCUAAGAUUGUGGAGGUUAAAACUGAAAAAGAAGAGGAAGCAGAAAUAGCAGAAGCAGAGGAAGAGAAGAUGCUAAUACCCUCCAAGCCAUCCAGCAAACCCAUCUCUAGUUUUUUUGCCCCUAGAAAAGCUUCUGUGAAAGCAGAGAAAAAGCAGACACCUGCGAUGGGAGAAAACAUGCCUGCACAAAGGAGCCACAGUGAAGUCAGUAGCCAUGAGUCUGGCAGUGCAGCUGCAAGUUCUCUCAGCCCAUCUCCCACAAUUGACCCUGCAGAUUAUAACCCCACAAAGAACAACUAUCAUCCUCUCCAUGAUGCUUGUUGGGGUCCUGGCCAGAGGGUACCAUAUCUGGCUGUGGCCCGUACCUUUGAGCGGAUUGAAGAAGAGUCUGCCCGGCUGAAAAUCAUAGAGACUCUGAGCAAUCUGUUUCGCUCUGUGAUUGCUCUGUCUCCUGAAGACUUGCUGCCCUGUGUGUACCUCUGCCUCAAUCAGCUAGGCCCAGCGUAUGAGGGCCUAGAGUUGGGCAUUGGCAAAACCAUCCUCAUGAAAGCCUUGGCUCAGGCCACAGGUCGGCAGCUGGACCAGAUCAAGGCAGAGGCAGCGGAGAAGGGGGACCUGGGUUUGGUUGCAGAGAGUAGCCGCACCACUCAGGGCACCAUGUUUGCCCCGCCCAAGCUUGGUGCUGCUGUUGUCUUUGGCAAGUUACAAGCAAUUGGGCGUAUGACAGGAAGUUCUUCCAUGAACAAGAAGAUUGACAUUAUCAAGUCCUUGUUUGUUGCUUGUCGCUACUCAGAGGCUCGCUAUGUUGCUCGAUCACUGGAAGGGAAGCUGCGGAUUGGGCUAGCAGAACAGUCUGUCCUGUCAGCCCUGGCCCAGGCAGCAUCACUUACACCUCCAGGACAGAAAUUCCCCCCAAUGAUUCUGGAUGCUGCUAAGGGGAAAUCUGCAGAGGCGCGCAAAGCCUGGCUAGAGGAGAGAGCCUUGAUUGUUAAGCAAGCCUACUGUGAACUGCCAAAUUACGACACCCUUGUGCCUGUCCUCCUAGAGCAUGGUGUGGAGAACGUGCCUCAGCACUGCAAGAUCACACCAGGGAUCCCAUUGAGGCCGAUGUUGGCCCACCCAACCAAAGGCAUUGGGGAAGUCUUAAAGCGCUUUGAUGAAGCAGCUUUCACCUGUGAAUACAAGUAUGAUGGGGAACGGGCACAGAUCCACAUCCUGGAGAAUGGGGAAGUGCACAUUUACAGCAGGAACCAAGAGAACAACACAUCCAAGUAUCCUGACAUUGUCAGUCGUAUCCCCAAGGUGAAAAAAAGCACUGUGCAGUCAUGCAUCUUGGAUGCAGAGGCUGUGGCCUGGGACCCAGGUUCAAAACAGAUCCAGCCCUUCCAGGUACUGACCACCCGCAAGCGCAAGGAUGUGGAUGCUACAGAGAUCCGAGUGCAAGUGUGUGUGUAUGCCUUCGACAUGCUCUACCUCAAUGGGCAGUCAUUGGUCCGGGAGCCCCUAGCCCAGCGCCGAACUUUGUUGCGUGAUUCCUUCACUGAGGUUGAAGGCCAGUUCCUCUUUGCCACCUCCAUGGAUACUAGUAACACCGACGAAAUAGCAGAUUUCCUGGAGUGCUCCAUCAAAGACUCAUGUGAGGGGCUGAUGGUGAAAACAUUGGAAGUGGAUGCCACGUAUGAAAUUGCAAAGAGAUCCCACAACUGGCUGAAGCUUAAAAAAGAUUACCUGGACGGUGUUGGGGACACACUGGACCUGGUGGUGAUUGGUGCCUACCUGGGAAAUGGCAAACGUGCAGGCUUCUAUGGAGGCUACCUCUUGGCUUGCUACGAUGAGGAGAGUGAGGAGUACCAGAGCAUCUGUAAGAUCGGCACUGGAUUCAAAGAUGAGGUCCUGGAGAAACUUCAUGCCUCCCUCAAGGACCAUGUGAUUCCGCAGCCACGCCCAUACUACCGCUGGGGUGGAACAGCUGAACCUGACCAUUGGCUAGAGGCCCAAAAAGUCUGGGAGGUGAAAUGCGCUGACUUAUCCAUUUCUCCCGUUUACAAGGCAGCCACUGGUUUGGUGGAUGAGGAAAAGGGAAUUUCUCUACGCUUCCCUAGGUUCCUCCGUAUCCGGGAGGAUAAGAAACCGGAAGAGGCCACUACCAGCAUCCAGGUGGCUGAACUAUACCGGAAGCAGCAGCAAAUCCAGAACCAGCAGUCAGUGGAAAAAGGAGAUGGCGAUUUUUACUAGUAAAGGCAUUCAUCUGGUUGGGCAGAAGGUCUCCUUUCUGCUUCUUCCUUGGGAUGAGGCUGUGGAGCCCCUUGGGCCUGCUUGAGGCUGGGACUUAUGAAUGCAGCCUGCCAACCUACAGUGCUUGAGUAGGAGUACACUGAAACUGGAUGCUGCCUUUCAUUACAGGCACUGGCUUAUGACAUUCCACUGCCUUCCAUCCAUUUACCCAGUGGCAGGCUGGUUUUGAGUUGGUGAUGCUC